AUGGGACAGGAGCAUGGAGGGACUUGGCACAUGGACGCAGCUCAACUGGAUACGCAAAGGAAGAAGGGAGAAGCCAUCUUGAAGACCAGCUCGACCACUCUACUCGACCGGCCAAGCUUCAACUCGAUCGAGCUGAGAAGUCAAAGCGAUUCUCCACACGGAAGUGAUGGCAUCGCUGGAAAAGAUCCACUAAGAGCUCCAAUAUCUCUUGCUCUAGAAAUGAGGUCUAAGGGGUUGGAUGGAUUAGUUUGGGCAAUGAUCCUAUGGCCUCCAAGGUUUGAUUCUCACUGGCUAACCCCCUGUUUCUGA